CAAUCAAACAAACUCUCUUUUUCUUCUCUCAUCAUCUUUCCCACGCUUUCACGCUUUGCCUAUUAUUUCGAUUUUUAAAAUUAAAUAAAAACAAUUCACUUCACUCUUUUUUUUUUCUUUGCUGUAUCUGUAAAGGACUUAAUACUCUCCUCCUCUCACACCAGUCUCAAUUCCAAAGCUCUGUUUACAAUGGAAACACUGAAGAAGAACCCCUCCGUGAGAAGAAAAGGCAAGCUAGCGAGAACAUUCCAGAAGGUAUGCAGCCUGAGAACAACCUCCACGAAGGUCUCCUCCAACAACGGAAUCGGCGGCAUCUGUAUGCUCAAGUCACACAACAACCCAAACUUCGACGACGAGGACGACUCCGACUCCGUCUUCGAUCUGAAGAGCACCUCGAGCAGCAGCAGCCGGAGCGGCGAGCUCAGGAUACGGGAGCGGCGGAGAGCCGUUUACGAGGCGGUGGUCGCCAAGAUCUUCGCCAGCACGACCUCGAUCAAAGCCGCGUACGCCGAGCUCCAGAUGGCGCAGCGCCCCUACGACAACGCCGCGAUACAGGCGGCGGACACGGCGGUGGUGGAGGAGCUCCGGGCGCUGUCGGAGCUGAAACGGAGUUUCCUGAGGAAGGAGCUGAGGAACAUCUCCCCUCAGGUGGCGGUUAUGCUCGCCGAGAUCCAGGAGCAGCAGAGCCUGAUGAGGACGUACGAGAUCACGAUCAAGAAGCUCGAGUCCGAAUCCUCCGAGAAGCAGUCGAGGAUCGAUUCUCUGAAGAAGGAUCUCGAGGAAGUUUCAACGGUUAACAGAACGAUCGAGAAGAAACUAACGGCGAGUGGUUCCCUCUCUCCGUUAGAUAACGUCGUGUUCUCGAAUUUGAAUUUGGGCGGUUACGCUCAGGUUCUAGGGUUUACGUUGAGAUCGGUACGGAGCUUCGUUAAAGCUAUGGUGAAGGAGAUGGAGUCGGCGAGCUGGGAUCUCGACGCCGCCGCUUCCGCCGCGAUCCGGAACGCGUCAACCGUCUUCCCCCGCCCGAGCCACCGCUGCUUCGCGUUCGAAUCCUUCGUGUGCUGUAAAAUGAUGGAGAGUUUCGAAUCUCCUUAUUUUUCGUUACCUAACGUCGACGAGAAACCGAGCCGGGAGCGGUUUUUCGACCUGAGAUCCGUCGACCCGGUUCGGUACUUGACCCGAAACCCGGGCUCGUCCUUCGCGAGGUUUGUGCUCCACAAGUACUUGAACGUUGUGCACGCGAAGAUGGAGUGUUCCUUCUUCGGGAACUUGAACCAGAGGAAGCUGGUUAACUCGGGCGGGUUUCCGGAUUCCGGUUUCUUCGCUGCGUUCUGCGAGAUGGCGAAACGGAUCUGGCUUCUGCACUGCCUGGCGUUUUGCAUCAGCGAAAACGUCACGGUGUUUCAGAUUAAAAAAGGAUGUAGAUUCUCUCAGGUGUACAUGGAGAGCGUGAGAUCAGGCGACGAGUCUCUCUUCUCCUCCGAUGAUAACGCAGAUAUCCGGGUCGGGUUCACGGUUGUUCCCGGGUUUAAAAUCGGUGAUAACGUGAUACAGAGCCAGGUUUACUUAUCUCCGGUGACCGGUUUUUCUACUUCAUAAAAACGAUAUGAUGAUACACAAAUAUUUUUCACGCGUUAUGGUUUCGACACGCUCCGGGAUGGAAAAAGUGCGGCGGCGCGUGUAAAAGGAAUGGUGGGACAUGAUUCCCUUGGUGGCAGCAGGACUGGCAUGUGGGACCUGUAUUGAAAGGGGGUAAGAGAAGUGUGACGGUGACAGAAAAUGGCGCGAGGGACAAAUCAUCAUCAAAAUAGUUUAGUGACAGGAAAUGAUAAAAUUUGAAUUUUUCUUUUUCUUUAUGUUUAGGUUAUAAAACACAGCAAGGUAGUAUGGCAUGGAAGAGGAAUAGUGUUCUAUGUCUUUUUUACAUGUUAAAUAUAACUGAAUUUUUGUUUACAGUGUCUGGAGUUGGUCGGGACCAU